GUCUGACGUACAGACGCAGACGUACACUAUUUUCGAUAGCAAAAAUUGUAGUAUUCUUAAACCAAUAAAAAAAUUGACUAAGAUCUAUGCGAAAAUAACUAAACAACGGCCAAUCACUUAAACACUCAAGCCCACGUCUCACAGUCUGCUUGACUCAUUAUUAGAAAACUAGAAACACAAUUUCAGACAUAGAAUUUCGUGCAGCGCGUACACAACGACAAGUGCAAGAAAAUGAGCACGUCAAAUGCAAGCCGUAAGGAAACGGAGCGCACCAAACUGAUGCAGGAAAAAUGUCAAACCCUGUUAACCCAAAUGCUACGCGACGAUGACAAUAAAUAUUGUGUGGAUUGCGACGCCAAGGGUCCCCGCUGGGCAUCAUGGAAUCUGGGUGUGUUUUUGUGCAUUCGUUGCGCUGGCAUCCAUCGCAACUUGGGCGUACACAUAUCGCGCGUGAAGAGCGUCAAUCUGGAUGCAUGGACACCAGAGCAGGUGAUAUCGCUGCAACAAAUGGGCAAUUCCCGGGCACGUGCCGUCUAUGAGGCGCAGCUGCCAGAUGGUUUCAGACGCCCUCAAACAGAUACGGCGCUGGAGAACUUUAUACGGGCCAAGUACGAGCAUAAAAAGUAUUUGGCGCGCGAAUGGGUUCCGCCCUCGCCACCCAAGGUCGAUUGGGCCAAGGAGAUAGAUGAGGAGCUGGAGCGGCAGAAACGUAAAAAGAAAUCGGCUCAAACCGGUCUCGGCAUUAGCAACAUAACUAGCAGCAACAGCGGGUCCGUCGAUAAACGCCCUUCGGCGACAGCAACAGCGAAAACUACACCACUGCCGGCGCCACUGCCCAAGCCCAAGCCCAAUCAGGUCGGUGGCUGUAGUCCAAAGACAUCGCAUCGUGUGCAUAACAAUAGCACCCAAAGUGCUGCCGAAAGUGAUCUGUUGGGUCUCGCCUCGCCCACAAAGCCAAUCGCCCACAGCGGAGUACAGGACUUGCAGAAUGAUAGCUUCACUAGCUUCCUGAGUGCCAGCAGUAAUGUGAGCGCCAUAACAACUCCGGAAAAAACAAAUGGGAAUAGUGGCGACCAUACUACGCUGAACAUGCCCAGCCAGCAGUCGAACUCUUUAGCCCAACAGGAGCAGGACUUCUUCAAUCAGGGCACACUAGGGGGUGCCAGCGAUAAGGAUCAGUCGGGCAAAAUGUCCAAGGACAGUAUAUUGGCGCUGUAUGGCAAUGCACCAACCACACACAAUCCACAAUUGAGCUUUGGUAAUUUUACGGGCAUGGCACCUGGCGGCUACAUGCAUCACCAGCAACAGCAGCAGGUGCCCCAACAGGCACAUCAUCAUCAUCAGUUCAUGACACCUCCCAAUUCAGUGAGCAUGUACAAUGCACCCGUCAUGGCCGCACCGAAUGCGUUCAGCAAUGCGCCCACUGGCGGCGCCAUGAAUCUGGUGGGCAAUGUCGCCUUUGGCGGUGGCCAGUUUCCCAAUGUCAGCGCCAGUCCGUAUUUGGUGGGCAACAGUCUGGCGGCCGGCCAGGGCACGGCAACAAAUUUGAUGCAGACAAAUCAGAAUCUGCUCAGUGGUAUGCAGCUAUUUGGUGCCGCUGGAGCACCGCAGGCGACAACACAGCAACAACAGCAGCAACAACAAAUGGGAAUUGGGAUGAACUUGAUGCAGCCUAUGUCGAGUGGGUUGCCUUCAACUGGUUAUCCGGCUGCGACUGGUACCACCGCCUCGUCCGUGACGUCAAACUUAAAUCAGCAAUUUGGCAAUUUAAAUAUCGGUAAUGUUUGGCAAUAAAUGAAGACUCCUGUGCAUUCCUUUAUCGAAGGUCCAUAAGCUGAAAUAAGUUAUAAUUGUUAAUGUAUAACUUUUUGUACCUACUUGCCGCCGAAGCCAGUGUUUGUGUUGAAUUGUAUUAAUAGAUGAAUUCUGUAUUUUA